UAAAAUGGGGAAAGGAGAAAUUUGAAGGUGUAGAAUUAAAUACCGAUGAACCUCCAAUGGUGUUCAAGGCUCAGCUCUUUGCGCUGACUGGAGUCCAGCCAUCCAGACAGAAAGUUAUGGUGAAAGGAGGAACUUUGAAGGAUGAUGAUUGGGGAAACAUUAAAAUAAAAAAUGGGAUGACUGUACUAAUGAUGGGGUCAGCAGAGGCUCUUCCUGAAGAACCCUUAGCUAAAACUGUCUUUGUAGAAGACAUGACAGAAGAGCAGUUGGCAUCCGCUAUGGAAUUACCAUGUGGAUUGACAAAUCUUGGUAACACUUGUUACAUGAAUGCUACAGUUCAAUGUAUUCGUUCUGUGCCUGAACUCAAAGAUGCCCUUAAAAGGUAUGCAGGUGCCUUGCGAGCUUCAGGGGAAAUGUCUUCAGCACAGUAUAUUACUGCAGCCCUUAGAGAUUUGUUUGAUUCCAUGGAUAAAACUUCUUCUAGUAUUCCUCCUAUUAUUCUACUGCAGUUUUUGCACAUGGCUUUCCCACAGUUUGCGGAGAAAGGUGAACAAGGACAGUAUCUUCAACAGGAUGCUAAUGAAUGCUGGGUACAAAUGAUGCGCGUAUUGCAACAGAAAUUGGAAGCCAUAGAAGAUGAUUCUGUGAAAGAGACAGAUUCUUCUGCAUCAGCAGUGACACCUUCUAAAAAGAAAAGUUUAAUUGAUCAGUUCUUCGGUGUUGAGUUUGAAACUACCAUGAAAUGCACAGAAUCUGAAGAAGAAGAAGUCACCAAAGGAAAGGAGAAUCAACUUCAACUUAGCUGUUUUAUCAAUCAGGAAGUCAAGUAUCUUUUUACAGGACUUAAAUUGCGACUUCAGGAAGAAAUCACCAAACAGUCUCCAACGUUACAAAGAAAUGCUUUGUAUAUCAAAUCUUCCAAGAUCAGUCGGCUACCUGCUUACUUGACCAUUCAAAUGGUUCGCUUUUUUUAUAAGGAGAAGGAGUCUGUGAAUGCCAAAGUUCUAAAGGAUGUUAAAUUUCCUCUUAUGUUGGAUGUGUAUGAACUGUGUACACCAGAACUUCAGGAGAAAAUGGUCUCUUUUCGAUCAAAAUUCAAGGAUUUAGAAGAUAAAAAAGUGAAUCAGCAGCCAGACACAAGUGACAAAAAGAGUAGUCCCCAGAAAGAAGUAAAGUAUGAACCCUUUUCUUUUGCUGAUGAUAUCGGCUCUAAUAAUUGUGGAUACUAUGAUUUACAAGCAGUGUUAACACACCAGGGAAGGUCUAGUUCUUCGGGUCAUUAUGUGUCAUGGGUCAAAAGGAAACAAGAUGAAUGGAUUAAGUUUGAUGAUGAUAAGGUCAGCAUCGUAACACCAGAAGAUAUCUUGCGGCUCUCUGGUGGUGGAGACUGGCACAUCGCUUACGUUCUACUCUAUGGGCCUCGCAGAGUUGAAAUAAUGGAAGAGGAAAGUGAACAGUAAUCUUCGUUGUAACUAUUUAUGCUUAGGUGUGAAAUAAAUACUAUUUGUUGAUCAUUUUGGUAAUCCAGAAAUUUAAAGGAUGACAUUUUAGGUGGUUUUAUUUUUCCCCUCAUACGGAACAAGAGGGCAGAAGUAGACGACAUCACCCUAGAAAAUGGCAUAAAAGAAAAUUAUCUUGGGAUUGCUGCCUUGUAUAAAGGUGACAAGAAGACCUUUUUUAAGUUUAUUGCAUUAAUUUAAAAAAGAUGAAUUGAAAUGCCUUUCAGCCAUUACCUUCUGUGAUAAAUUUUCUCACUUUUCAGUCCAAGGUUCAGCAAUCGGAUGUUUAUUGCACACCUAUUACCUAUUUGUUCUCGCAUGGUUCACACCACCAUUCAGUAGCUGUCCAUCCUCUGCCUUAUCUAAUAAAGUUUUUUCCAGGAAGGUAGAAAAGGAAGUGUUCCUCUCGUUGUGUUACUCAGUGCUGCUGUCCGUCCCAUGGAGACAUGGGCACAAUCAAGUAUUUGUCCAGCCUUACUGUUGCUGGCUUUUCAUGACUUUAAAAUAGUGAUCAAUAAUAGCAUAGCACAUUGAUUAUACAUUUAUUAUUGUCUCUCUGAUGUACUAGGGGUUGUACACUUAACUUUGGAAUGGUUUUGUAGUAAUCUUAAAAAAAUGUUGACAAGCUCUGGGUGUUUAUUUUUAGAAAAUGAGGAUAUUUAAUAAAAAAAAAAAAAGAGGGAUUAACAGCUUU